AUGGUAGGCCCGGAUGAAUCUCGCACGGCAAUAGUCAUCAGUGGAUUUCUCCAGAUGCUCAAUUUUACGAGCAUAAGCGGAACAACAACUAGUGCUGAACUCAGUUCCCUUUCCUUUAGGCAUUUACAUCGCACAGUGCCUUCGGAUACUUUUCUUGCGAAGGCUAUGGUUGACUUGGUUACACACUUCAACUGGAGUUAUAUUGCCGUCGUUGGAUUAGACGAUUCGUUUGGACGAAAUGGAGUAUGGGCAGUGGUUAGCGAAACAGCAGGAAGGAAUAUCUCCUUCUGUAUUGCUCUGACAGAGUUUAUACGCCACCAAAGUCUGCAUCUCAAUUUUUUACCAUCCAAAUAUCAAAGAAACGAUGUCCUCGAGAACUCGAUAGCGUUUCAACAUCACAAUUUUAGCGACUUAGGAUUCAAAGAACAUUUAAAGGAUAUCUUGGUCAAGGAGCGAAACAACAGAGGUUUUUCUGAGUGGAGCGAUGGUGCGAACGAAAUAUGGCAUCUUUUGGUGAGCAAGAAUUGCGGUGACCGCCAAAUUGAACUGUGCUCAGAAGACUUGAUUGAAGAAAUCUAUAGCUCUUAUAUUCCAUAUACAAUCGACGCUGUAUAUGCCCUGGCUCAUGCAAUAAAUAUAUCAACUCGAAAUUUUAAGAAAAACAAUUUUAAUACCAGUCGCGAUAAAUCGCCUCCAGUGAAUGGUUUUGACUUGCAGAAGCUCCUUGGCAGAGUCAGUUUUGACGGACUAACAGGGAAAAUCAAGUUCGAUCGAUUUGGUGACAGAGGCUCGGCACAUUAUGAUAUUGUCAUCUUUAAAGAAGUAAACAAGGAAAAUGACAAGAGGGUUAGAAAGGUACCAAUAGGAGAAUGGAAAAGCUCUAUUAAUAAUAGACCAUCGUUGAUUUUUCAUAAAGAUCUGCUUUGGAACACUCCAUCUGGUGGCCCUCCAAUAUCUGAAUGUUCGGAAGAGUGUCCUCCUGGAACAAGGCAAUCUGCCACGUCACCUUGCUGUUGGCAGUGCCUCCCGUGUCUUGGUGGAACCAUCAGUCCAUCCGUUGGUUCUAAAAUCUGCACAGAAUGCCCCAACGGAACAAUGUCGAACCAGGCUAAAACGGAAUGCGUCGCCUUACCCUCCGCCGAAAUAAGUUAUGAUAGUGCAAGUGGAGUUUUAAUUCUUACGUUUGCCGCGCUCGGUGUAGUCGUUACAAUGCUUUGUCUGGUUGCCCUUGGGAAAUUCUGGAAUAGUCCCAUCGUCAAGGCUUCCAAUCGAAAUUUAAGCCUUGUUCUUCUACUCACAAUUCUGUCUUUGUUAUCUCUGGCAGUCUCUAAUGUCUUUAAAACCACUGAUGCAAUUUGUAAAGUCAUUUACCCCCUACGUUAUCUGACCUAUAGCCUCUGUCUCUCCGUGGUAUUGGUUAAGGUGUUGCUUAUUUCCAGUGCUUUCCAGGCUCCAAUUGUAGCCGGUUUGGUAAUCAGUUCUCUUCCCAAAAGAGCACAAGUUGCGAUUAUUAUAGCUUUCCUAUUCCCACUAUUGUCUUUGUUGCUACCAUGGUUGCUUCUGGACCCACCCUACAACGAGAAACAUAUCCAUCCGAAACGUUACACCUUUAACGAGUGUAAGGCCUACUCCAACUUAGUUGAGGUGAACGAUUUGAGUCAUUUGAGAGCAGAAGUCACCCAGUUUUCGUUUGAAUCAAGCGGCGUGCACGCUAACUCUGCUUUUGUUAGCCCCAACCAGGCAAUGGAAUCAUAG